UACCAGGGUCAAACCAAAUGAUAACAUUAUAGGGAUUUGUAAUUUCAUUGUUGAACAGCUCUAUAUAUUUUACUAGUAUUCAAAAAUAUCAUAGAAGAAACAAUACAUUUUUUAAAUAUACUUAACCCUUUCUGGACUGACGGGACUUUAAAGUCCAUCGAAGUAUAAAAUCUGUAUAAAUUUAAAGAAUAUUAAUAAACUGGUCAUACUGACUGAUGGGACUUCUAUGUCCCAUACACUAUCAGAAAAAAAUAAUAUAGUUGUGAUUUUAGUCUGUUAUCAUUAUCAAAAUUAUCAUUUCGUUUUUCGAUUUUUCGAUUCCACAUGUCAAGCUGUGUUCCUGUGUUUUUCAUUUUUUUGAAAGGAUUGUAAUAUAGAAAAUGAAUUCAAUACAGAUUGAAGAAAUUGAGAGAUACUUGGAGGAAAUUCCUGACGAUGGUGAUAUUGUUUCAGAGUUUGAAGAUUCUGAUUUAGAUGAAUCUGAUAUUAUUCAUCCUCUGGAUCCACUGGAUAAAGUAGAAAAUGUUGAAGAAUUUGAUAUACAAAACUUAGAUGUUGUAUUUGAUAACAACCUACCCACUGCUGAUGGUAACUCCAAUAAAGAUAUUGAAUUGUCGUCAGAUGAAGAAUAUGUUCCUAAGAAAACUCAAAAUAAGGGUAAAAAAAAAGGAACUAAAAAAAGUAAAAAGAUAGUGACCAAGCCUAAAUCGAAGAAUACAGUUAGAACUUUAGAUGACGUUGAGGCUGAGGAGGAAGAUCAGACCGACAAUUUACGACCUAGAAUUUGGCUAAGAAAGACAGAUAUUGAUACUGUUAGACCAGAAUAUUGUAGACCUGAAGGAGUAAAUUUGUUUGAAUUUAGUAGAUGCAACACCCCUACAGAUGUAUUUAUGGUAUUUGUUGAAACAAUUUUGAAUGAUUUGGUUUAUCAGACAAACUUAUAUGGCACACAAAAAAAUAAAACACUUAGAAUACAGAGAGAAGAUAUGCUGGUAUUCUUAGGUAUUAACUUUUUGAUGGGAUAUAACCGUUUACCGUCAUAUAAAGACUAUUGGAGUACAUCAGAUGAUCUUGGAGUUAAACUUGUGUCAAAUGCUAUGUCUAGAGAUAUGUUUGAAAAAAUUCUCAUUCAUCUACACUGUAAUGACAAUACACUAUUGCCUAUAAACAACAAAGAUAAGUUAUUCAAAUUAAGACCAAUAAUAGAUAAGCUUAAUGAAUCUUUCAAACGUAACUAUUUUGGUACUAGACAAGUUAGUGUUGAUGAAAGUAUGGUGAAAUUUAAGGGUAGGUCAACAUUGAAGCAGUAUAAUCCGAUGAAACCAGUAAAGAGAGGUUACAAAAUUUGGAGCCUAGCAGAUCAAAAAGGAUACAUGUUAGCUUUCAAAAUUUAUCAAGGUAAAGAAGAAAUUGUAAAUCACGAGUUUGACAAAUAUGGACUGGGUGAACGAGUGGUUUUGGAACUUACCAAAUCAAUUUGGAACGAACAACGAGAAAUAUACUUUGAUAAUUAUUUUUCUUCACUACCUUUAGUGCAGAAACUAAAACUAGAGAACACUCUAGCUUGCGGAACAAUAAGGACAAACAGAAAAGGGUUACCUACAGAGAUGUGUACAGACAAAAAAAUGAAAAGAGGCGAACACGAUAAAAAGUUUUUACCAGAUGGGAUUUCAUUUUUUAAGUGGAUGGAUAAUAAGGCCGUCAACUUUAUAUCUAAUUUUCAUGGUUCUGAAGUUACAUCUGUAAACAGAAAAGAAAAGGAUGGUACUUCAGUUUCAGUAACAUGUCCAACUGUGGUCUCAGAUUAUAAUUCAUAUAUGGGUGGAGUAGACCAUGCUGACAGAUUACGUGCAUUGUAUGAUAUAGAUAGGAAAUCUCGCAAGUGGUGGCACAGAUUGUUUUUUGGUUUGAUCGAUAUUAUGUUUGUAAAUUCUUAUGUAGUUUAUUGUACCUUAUUUGAGAAAAUUCCAGUGUUGGAAUACAGAAGAGCUGUUGUACGAGGUUUGCUAACCAAACAAUUACCACAGAAAAAAAAAUCACCAGCUCAAAUCCAAAAAAAUUUAAAAAGAAGAAAAUCAGCUUAUUCUAUGCCAAGAGACGUCCGCACUGGAAAUCUAGGUAUCCAUCAUCCAACAUUCGUAACACAACGGGGAAGAUGUGAAGUAUGCAGCAAUAAAGGUAUUGAGUCAAGACCACAUUCAAAAUGCUCGUAUUGCAAGGUCCAUCUAUGUGUCAAUGAAAAAAAAAACUGCUUUUCUGAGUAUCAUGAAUUAUAAAAAAACAUCUUAAGUAUAUAAAAAAAGUAAUAUUUUCUCUAAAUUGUAAUCGUUUGUAUUUUUUAAAAAUUAAAAUAAAAAAAUCCUUAGGAAAACGUGUUUUUUUUGUAUUGUUUAUAUGUAUAAGAAAAGUGACCUAAAUGCCUGACGGGACUUAUAAGUCCAGACCGUAAAGGACUGACGGGACUUUUGAGUCCCAGGAUAAAAUAAGGAUCAAGGAUCAAAAAUAAUGGAUUUUUUUGUUCAUACCCUAUCUUAGAUAUAGGAAAAAAAUCGAAAUUCACAAAAAAAUUUUUAUAUUUUUAAUGUUUUUAAGCUAUCGUCCAGAAAGGGUUAAAAUAGGUUACAUUUUCUGUGCUAAAAAACCAGGAGAGCCAUUUCUUUUUUUUUUAAAGUUUUCCAAUGAAAGAGGCCAAUUUUUUCCCACCGCCAGACCAAUCGUAAAAAAAAAAGUUUCUCGUCUUAACUAUAUAAUUGUUAAUAUUAUAAACAUACUUAGCUUUCAUACAUAACAUAUAAAUUAAUAAAUUAAUUAUAAAAUAUUCAAAUUGUAGGUAGGGUUUAUAAAAUAUACAAAUUUUAAUGAUAAUAUCUUAUCAUUUAGCUUUUAUUAUUUUUAAAUUUUUGAGCGCUUAAAUUUGAUUAAUUGUUUUUAAUUAAUUAAUUGAAAUUAGGAUAUCAAACAAAAGGGAAAAUAUACAGUUUAAGAUUGGCAAACUGAAGGCCAAGGCUUAAGUAUCAAUGACACCUAGGCCAAUUGUACAUAAAAAAAAUUUCAGGGUAUGUGUGUGUGUAUACCCUGCCACCCCUAAAUGGUGCCCCUGACAAAAAACCUGUGGGUCUUGAACUCCUGAGAACCUUGGGAACAAAUCAUUUCUUUUUAAGUAUGUAUAAUAUACAUCAUUAAUGAAAAAUUUGAAACAUCUUAUACAUUAAUUAUUAUUUUUCUAUAUCUGUCAAAAAUAUUACCUUUUUUUCUAACAUUAUUGUUUAUGUUGUUUAUAUAUGCACAAAUUACCAAUAAUUAUAAUUUGUUUAUAGAACAUAAGUUUAUAACUAUUAUUAAAUGUAAACAGGAGCAUGUUUAAAAAUUGCUAUGUGUACAUGACAUUAGUUGGACAGAUUUAUCAAUUACCACAACCCUGUUGUGAAAAAUAAAAUAUCCUUUUGCACUACUUCCUAAUAGAAAUCAUAUAAAUAUUACAUUUAGUUAAAUAAUUAAAAAAAAAUAAUAAUGUACUACUGAAUAUAAUUUUAGAAUAUACUAUACAGUAAAACUUACGUUAACGGUCACCUCUAUGUAACGGUAAAUUUUUUUGGUCCCGUCGAGUGUUAUCCUAGUGUUAUCCUACCUCUGAAGGACGGGCACCUCUAAAUAGCGGUCAUUAUUUACAGUCCUUUCGGUGACCGUUAUAUGAAAGUUUACUGUAUAUAAAAUAAUAUAAAACCACUGGAGUUUCAUUAUCAAUAAACAAGUUUAAAAACAAUUGCUUAAAAUACAGUAAUCAAAUUUAACCCUGUUAAAUUGAAAGG